AUGCAGCGUCCAUCUAAAAGGAAGCUAAUUCCUCCAAGUGCUCUUGAUAUAAGCUACAUAGAUACAGUCCCAAAGUCAAGUCCUCGAAUUGGUCAUCAAUACCAGAUAGAAGUUCCUUCCAUGAUAAAAGAAUCAGAACUUGCACAUAAUGAAGUGGAGGAUAGUGGACAUAAAGGGUGGAGAUAUCUUGGACACAAUGAUGGUGCAUUCAAUAUAACUGUACCAGUAGCAGAAGCUAAUUGGAAUAGCUCGUGGAGUGAUGCUGAUGUAAAAAGCUUUCUCCUUGGUUUAUUUAUCUUCGGAAAAAACUUUGUUCAGAUAAAAAGAUUUCUAGAUAACAAAGUGAUGGGAGAAAUAUUGUCAUUUUACUAUGGAAAGUUUUACAAGUCCGAUGAAUACUGUAGAUGGUCAGACUGCAAGAAAAUAAAAGGGAGAAAAUGUAUAACAGGAGACAAACUUUUUUCUGGUCAGAAACAUAUUGAACUGUUGUUUCGCUUGACUGUCCGUGUCUCAGAAGAAUAUAAAGAUGCUUUGCAACAGGUUUCAAUGUCCUAUUCGGAGGGGAGAACUUCUCUAGAGGAAUACGUCUCUUCUUUGAAGUCAACUGUUGGACUUGGUGUUCUUGUGGAAGCUGUAGGGAUUGGUAAGGGGAAGGAAGACCUUACCAGCCCAGCCAUGGAAUGGGGGAAGAAAACCCAGGCUUGUUCUAUACAAGCUAGCAAAACUUGGUCAUCUCUUGAACCCUGUGAUAUAAUCAAGCAUUUGACUGGAGACUAUCAAUCCAGGAAAGCCAAAAGUAAUGAUAUAUUCUGGGAAGCUGUUUGGCCUCGCUUACUGGCAAGAGGUUGGCACUCGGAGAAACUAAAGAAACAGGGCCAUCUUAGCUCCAAAAAUGUUGUGGUCUUUCUUCUACCUGGUGUUAAAAAGUUUUCCAAGAGAAAACUUGUAAAAGGUGAUCAUUACUUUGAUUCUGUCAGAGAUGUCUUGAGCAAAGUGAUAGCUGAACCAAAUCUUCUUAAAGUUGAAGUUCUAAACACAAAAGUUGGUGGCUGCAAUGAGAAAAAAGCAGAAAAGGGAUCUAACGAGGAUGGUCAACCUGACAACCAUCACCAUUGUUACCUCAAACACCAAGUUUCUACUAACUGUGCAAACCACAGUAAAGGUAAGGUUGACAACAUUUGUCCGAGAGAGACCGAAGCUGCUAUGAUACACAGCCAAGAGAAUAAUAAUAAUGCUGAUUUCUAUAAAGGAAAAAUAUCGCAGAAAACUGUGAAAAUCAGAUGA